AGUCUGCUCCACAGACCGCGAAGGAAGUGAGGUCAAGAGCUUCAUCCAAUCUGUGAUGAAACCGUCACCUUCAGCCGUGUCGCAGGCUUUCAAGAGCCUCAAACCCCAUGUUCCUCUAAUCAAAUUUCGCAAAGGAUCUGGUACUAGUCAUCAUGUUGGCCAGGCAGGCCCUACACCAUCGCCGGUCGUUGCAGCAGCAGCAGCACGAUUUCCGAGUGCCCCUGCCACCCCUCUCAAACAAAAUGAAGCUUAUCAGCUACCAUCGAUUGAAGACUGGCAGUUGCCAUCUCGCUUUCAACGACGUCCUUUAGAUGAAGAAGAAAUUGCUUUCAUUAAUAGAGGCGGUCCGGACAAGCUGUAACCAAGAAAUACAAUAAUUAUCUAGCUAAAUACGUAGUGAAUUUGUUAGAGACGACAACCACCCACCAAAAAAAGGAUGCCACUGUUCACCUCAUCGAUCUGUUCUGUUUGGAUCGCAAAUGUAAAUUAUCAUAUGUACAUAAAUUAUGACUCUGAAAGCUUUAAGUCUAAUGUCUAAUAGUAGGUCACAACGUCGCAUUAAAAUUAUUAAAAUUA